AUGUUGCCCUCAGGUUUCGAGCUGAUCAAUUUGGGAGAACUGCUCGAGCCCUUGACACAUCUUGCUCCUCCAGAAUCAUCGGACGAUGGUCUAGAUCCGCACGAUUUUCUUUCCCAGUCGCUUGACUCGCUGUCCACGGGGAUCCGCGCAAACACAGUUAGUCCUUCUGCUGUGGAGAGACUUGAGCUCACGCCAACUCGUCUGGCAGAGAUUUCGGCAUCCAAACUAGGGUGGAAAACAACGCCCCAGGACUCGGUUAUGUCAAAUAUGGGAGAUUCCCUUGGCGAUUCCGUGUUCUUUCGUGGAGUUGCGUUUUCAGGUAGAAGGACCAAAGGCUCAGACGGCUUUGAACAGCAACCACGAGAAUUCUUGCAAGCUCACCAGGAUGCCCUUGUGACAGAACUAAGACGCCAUAUUCAUGAACAUCUGGAACUCUUGUCUGAGGGAGAUGACUGCACGCACAUCCGAGCUGUUCUCGCAUCGGAUUUCGACCAGCUUUCCGAAACAUGUUUGCUGCUCAACGAGGUCAGUCUUCGUGAGAAAGAAAUAGCAGAAGAGCUUUUUGCUGAUUUCUCUCGAUGGGACAAGCGACGUGAGAAGGUACUUCAACGUGUGCGUGCAAUAAAGAGCGAAAAUAGCAAAUAUGGAACGAAACUAGCAGGUCUCUUACGGAAAAAGUCACUGGUUGAAACAGAAAUUGACCAACUAGAAGAGCGUAUAGCUGCGCUAAAGGCGCAGAAAGCGGCCAUCACCAAAGAAAUUGGCGAAACAAGCUCGGUUUUGGAAAGCAAAUCAGCAAAAUACGUACAUCGGUUCCGUGAACUUGAACGCAAAGGUCGCGAUGUGAUAUCCGACUAUUUGACCUUCAGUGGCGUUCCUCUGCAAGACCUAAGUCUGUUUUUGCGGUCGGAAAAGGUGGAUGCCACAUUUUCGUUGUUGGAUGAAAAGAACACAACCAACAAUGCAACGUAUAAUUUUUCAAAGAGCCAUCCCGCAACAAACAACCUGAGAGAUACUAAUGGAGCUCAAAAUCCCGUUAAUGGUCAUCCAAUGGGCGUCCAGCCACUUGAGAUUCCAACUGCUACCAAUUUCGACGGUACACCUAAUACCGUAUCCUUGGCAAAUUCACCAUAUAAAUUGGGAUAUUCUAGGGGAGCCCAAAGUCUUGAGCGCUUGAAGAGUGGCAUUAACGGCUUUGUGCAUAAUUUCGUUCUUCCGCCAAAGCAACCUGCAAGCAAAGAGAAUGUAGAUGAUCUUCUGAACACCAUUACGGAGAAAAUUAACCUACUGCCUACAUUAGAGCUCCUCAAACACAAGGUUGAAGCUCUUGAAGACCUCUCACUAAAAUCCUCACGCUUGUCCGCCUUCUAUAAUGACCAGAGCAUCGCCUGGAAGUCCACGUGUAAGACUUUAUCCUCACAGGAAGGUCUUGUGAUGAGUAUAUUGAACAGCUCCGAACCAAGAACGGAAGAGCUAAUUGAAAGAUUGAAAAUAGCUUACAGUCUCAUAGAGGAAGAUCUCCAAAAAGCGAACAACACACACGUUUCAGCAGCAACGUCUAAAGCAAAUUGGCUAGGUAUUAUCAUCCAUCAGGAGCUAACUGCAUUAGCUACUGCAAUUGACGAGUUAACAGGUAAUAAUGACUUUGUGAAGCAUCUUCCGUCGGUUGACCGUUCCAUUACAGAUUUAGCUACUACAAAGAUCAACAACGACAGGCUCAGCAUGCGUAUAACUUCUGCUGGAUACCAUCCUUCGACGGCUCCUACCACUGCCCCUGCAAAGGUGUUCUCUUCAAACAACCAAGAGGGAUUGUAUGCUCCAAGAUCUAAGAGCAUGAAAAGCGAAUAA